AUGGCACCCGAUCCAACCCCCAUCCCUGGCCACAAAGCCGUAGAAACUCUGGUGGCCAAGCUCCGGAGACGACAAAUCGUUGGCUCUCGACAGGCCGCUUUAGAGACGGUGCUCGUCCUCAGACAGGUCGUGUCCAAAGCACGCUUCUCGAAUAUCCAGCAGCUCAUCGUUAUCAUCCGUGAAGCCGGACGGAGACUAGUAGAGGCUCAGCCCAAGGAACACACAGUCGGAAACACCGUUAGACGCGUCCUCCACAACAUCCGCGAAGAGUACCAUUCCGCAGUCAAAGUUUCUGCUCCCACAUCGUCGCGUAACGUCUACACAAUCAGCAAAUUCGUUCUGCAAGGACAACCUCGCAAGCAAACGGUCGGUGCACCCAAAUCCGAGACUACCGCCACGCUGAAGGAGGAUGACCCUGAUGACCCCGACUCUUUCGCGCGGGGAAUCAAGCCAAUCCUAAUGGAGGCGAUUCAGGAUGUGCUCGACGAGCUCGAGACUGUCUACGACAAUGUCUCAAAAACUGCGAAGGAUCACAUACACUCCGACGAAAUCAUCCUCACGAUUGGACACUCAAGGACCGUCGAGGCGUUCCUCAAGUCCGCGGGCCACACCCGCAACUACACCGUCAUAGUCGCGGAGACCGCGCCCUCGUACUCGGGGCACGACAUGGCGCGCGCCCUCUCCGCCGCGGGCAUCUCCACCUUCCUCGUCCCUGACUCGUCCAUAUACGCGAUCAUGUCCCGCGUGAACAAAAUCAUCCUCGGGGCGCACGCGAUCCUCGCAAAUGGGGGGCUCGUCGCGAUCACGGGCUCUCUCCUCGCCGCGACCGCCGCCCGCGCACACUCGACGCCCGUGGUCGUGUGCGCGGGGCAGUUCAAGCUCACCCCGUUGUGGAAUCUCUACCACGACUAUGGCGCGCUGGACUUUGCGGACCCGAGCAGCGUGCUGGGGUUCGAGGAGGGAAAGCUCGUCGAGCGCGUCGACGUCGUGAACCCGUACUAUGAUUACGUCGGUCCAGAGCUCGUAGACGUGUUCAUCACCAACGACGGCGACCAUCCGCCAUCUUCCGUCUACCGGCUGAUCAAGGAGACGUACGAUGACGACGACCACGAGCUAUAGCUGCCGCGCCGCAGCUCACAGCCAUGCUCUCGCUCCCCCUAUCUGUCUCCCAUUCCUCAGUCUCACCGCCGUGCCCACGUCCAUCGCCAUCUGCCUAACAACAUAAAGCCCCGCACCCCGCCCACCGCUUCCCGGACCGCCACUCGCUCCGACCGUUCCCGCCGCCCACGCCCACGCCCACGCCCACGCGCUUCCGCCCAUCCGCUACCCCGCGUCGUCGCGGUGCCUUGUUCCCCGAGAGCGCCCCUCGCCUCCCUCCUUCCGCUUCCCUGUGCGAACCACAGCCCCGGCCGCCGAGCUUCGAGCUUCGCGCCUCGAGGACGCCGCGCCCCGCGAAGCACACCCUCCCGGGCCAGGGGUGGGAACCCUGGCGGUUCCCUUCCGCACGCUCCCACCCCCACCGCAUUGGGGGAGGAUCAGGGCACAGGGCAGGCUGCACGCGCUCCGCGCUUCGUGGCUCUGAGCCUAAUACGCACCCGGCGCUGGGACAAGAAAGCGGGCUCCGGGGCGAUGCAAUGUAAUGCAGCGCGUGCAGUCGCCCGCGGCUUGCCGUAUACCGCAUCUUUCUACCUACUGCCCCGGGAGUCUAAACCGGAGCUACACCUAGAGAUGCGCUACGCCCCCUGGAGGAACGCACUGCCAGACGUGACCCGCAAGGCUCACGGGGAUCUGAGGUGCCUUGUUACUCGCCAGGCUUCCGGGAAGCGACUGGGACGUGUCGGGGAGCUCGGACGCGGUUUACAGGCCCGUCUGUCGAUCUGUCUGACUGCGUCCUUGUCGGGCGACCGGUGCCAAUCGCGUUGCGACGCGGUUCGCUGGCCCGGCGUGGCUUCACUCCCGAGGACGUGUGCUUACAUGCUCCGGUGGCGUUGGGCGUCGUCGCGCACAGGAAUAGAGGUUGGGGGCUCCGGUGUGUGUCUCCCGGAGCGCAGUGCGCAGUGGGCGAGGAAUGGUGAUCAGGAGGCACAGGACGGGAAGACGAGAGGAUGAACGGACGGGAGAGCGCAGAUGGGAGGACCUGUGGGAUUCAGAGGGCAGGACAUAGCAGUACUAAUACUUGUACUUCUAGUAGCGACGAGACGGCGUAAGACAGACGCGUACGGACGCUCGCGAGAGAGUAGCAGACGGAAAAAGGACGCGCAUACAUAGAUACGCACGCGGUGCGAUAAGUAUUGGACUCUGGAGGGACCUGGCGGGUGAUAAUAUACGUAUACGUGCGGGGUGCGGUACGGGGUAGAUAUGGUGAAAACGGAGGGGGUGUGGUUUUGGAGAACCGAGGACUUGCUUCAAGAGAUCAACAGCCUGUCCAAAGCGACGCCGAGGUGUGGAAAGGGCAACCUGUACCCGCUGCAUCCCUUCCCAAGCUUCCUCAAGUCCAUAUCCGCCAAUCCAGUCCGAUCGGAUCCUUGCCUCCUCCGCUCUUCACGCCCGGAAGGACGGUGAUUUUCCUGCCGCCCUGCCCCACGGACCCGCCCCGUCCAAUCGGACAGCCGUCUGCCGACUGACCGUCUAUCCCCGCAUUGCGCCACGCACUGUUGAUGAGCGUCAAGAGGCCUUAGUCAAGACACCGGCGCGUACCGGAGCGCGAGUCACAGCAUGUCCAGGAGGCGAGGGCGACUUGUGCGACACGUGGAUGGCGAACGACAGAUCCAGGGACUAGGGACUGGCCACUGGUGCGCAGGGUAGACGACUUGUGACGGUGCCGGUGCGUUGGAGACGCGGCAGAUCGGGCGAAACGGGGUUGUGUGAGUGAAACGAGCGAUGGUAUAACUGGACCACAGACGGAUGAACAGGGGAAUAAACAUUCAACAGAAAACAUAAAGAGGUGGAGAAGAAGAGAAGACGUCACACUGAAGCAGAAGCGGGCGAGGGGAGUAAAAAUGCAGUUGUGUGAACGCUGGGGACGGGGUGAGAGGGAUACAGCUUGAACGCGACAGUCUCGGGCGGUAAGGGUGAUGGGGUAAGGGAGCGGAGUGUACGUGUGCGCAAACGUUGGCCUGAAGGGGAGGGGAGCAGACAGCAGACAGGACGACGCCAUAGAGAAAAACAGGAAGGCGGAAGGGCUUGAAGAGGCGGGGGCGCGUGUCGGUCAUUGGAUGACGCAGCAGCCCUUGCCUGUGCCGCCUUGCGACUGGUACGGGUCGUCGGCGCGUGGUACUGGACCCCAUACUGACGGUACGAGGGGAUCUUUUGUCGUUUUGCAAUAGCGGAUGAGACUGGCACUAGCCUCGCUGACCCUUAUCCGUGGCCGGGCGAGGUCCUCUCUGAGACGCUGGUUGUGCUCUGUGAGGCGACGGAGCUUGAGCUCGGACAUGGAUUGCUUAUGCGGACGAGAGUUCAUCGUGGAGGACUACAGUCGGGGACGGGGAGGGAGGCGAGGCUGGGAGCGACAAGGGCGGGAAGUUGGUGGGAGAGAAGGGGAGAAAAGGUGGACACAAAGGCUGGGGAGCGGCAGUGAAGAGUGCUGGCGGGCGGAAGGGGCUGGCGCUGUUGUGAGCAGUGAGCGGGGAGGCGGGGGACGGGAGGGAGUCG